AAUGCUAAAUUCAGUUCGCCUUGUGGGUUUUGAACGCUCUAAUCCUAAAAUCCUAAACUUAACCAUUUUUCUCUUCCAUUCCAUUUUCUUCCCUUUUCUUUUGUUUCUUUCAAAUUUCAUUUCCCAUUUCUCUCUCUCACCUACCCGUCUUCCUCUGGAUUUGCAGGUUUCGGAUCCAGAAAUAUCUCUUAUCAUUGAACUGCGAUGAGGAAGACGGAGGAAGAGUAAAGUGAAAUUUACAGUCUUGGACUCUUGAAUGUCCAUGUUCAACUACUGUGCGCUUGCCAGGAUAAGUUGAUAUUCCCAGGAGAUGACAAAGCACCGGUUCAGGGAUUCUAUAAAGUCUCUAUUUGGGAGUCACCUUGAUCCAGAAACAGAACAACGGCUCAAAGGGAGUAAAUCAGAUGUUGAGGACAAGGUGAAUAAAAUUAAAAAACUCAUAAAAGAUGAAGAUCUAGGAAUAAAAGACCACGACCAAUCAGAAAAUCGAGGCAAACAGUCCGUUGAUGAAUUAAUUGAUGAUUUCCUUAAAGAUUACCAGGCACUCUAUGAACAAUACGACAGUUUGGCCGGAGAGUUGAGAAGAAAAUUUCAAAAAAGAAGGGAAAAGGAAAGCUCUUCAUCUAGCUCAUCUGACUCGGAUUCAGAUGAUUCAAAUGGUUCUUCAAAGAAAAAGGUCAGUAAAGAUGAUCGAGGCUUGGAGAAAGGAUUCCAAGAAGUUGGUGAAAUCAAGAAGGAACUUGAAGUAGCACUUUCAGAAGUAGCAGACUUGAAAAGGAUAUUGGCUACUACAAUUAAAGAACACGAAUCUCUAAAUUCAGAACAUCUGACAGCUUUAAACAGGAUACAAGAAGCAGAUAGAAUUAUUCGAGAUUUGAAGGUUGAAUCUGAGACUUGGGAUGCUCAGAAGUCUAAAUUUCAGCUUGAAAUUGAAGAACUGAAUCUGAGACUGAGUAAUGCGGGUAAGAUUGAAGCUGAGUUGAACGAGAGAUUAAAUGGCAUGGAAACAGAGAGGAAUAGUUUCAUUGAAGAAAAUGAGACUGCAAGGAGGAGGAUUGAAGAGGGGGGAAAAACUAUAGAGGAAUUAAAGACUUUGGCUGAUCAGUUGAGGGAGAAGUUGUCAGCCACAAUGGAAGAAAAGGAGACUCUAAACUUAAAACACUUGGAAGCGCUAAACAAUAUACAAGAAGUAGAAAAGGUCACAGGAAUCCUGAGGGCUGAGGUUGAAGCAUUGGGUCUUGAAAAAUCUAAAUUUCUAGUCGAUAUUGAAGACCUGAGUCAGAAAUUGAGUGCUGCUGGCGAAAUUCAAUCUGAAUUGAAGGGGAGACUUAAAGAUAUUGAAAUAGAGAAGGAAACCUUGACCGAGGAGAAGGAGACUGCAUGGAGGAAAAUUGAGGCGGGGGAUAAAAUUGUAGAAGAAUUAAAUGCCACAAUUGAUUCUUUGAAGAGGCAGUUAACAACUACAAUUGAAGAAAAGGAAGCUCUGAACUUCCAGCACUUGGAAGCUUUAAGUAGGGCACAAGAAGCAGAUACUAUUACAAGAGAUCUGAGGGUCGAAUCAGAGACCUGGAGUGUUGAAAAAUCUAAAUUGCUCCUUGAGAUUGAAGAUCUGAAUCAGAAGUUGGAUGCUGCUGGAAAAUUGGAAGCACAAUUGAAUGAGAAAUUGAAAGUUGUUGGAAUUGAAUAUGAUAACUUGAUCAAGGAAAAUGAAGCUGCAAAUAGGACGAUUGAAGAAGGACAGAAAAUUAUAGAAGAACUGAAUAUCAUGACUGAUCAGGUUAAGAGGCAGUUGGCAGCUACGAUUGAAGAAAAGGAAGUUCUGAACUUGGAUCAUGCGACAGCUUUAAGCAAGAUUACUGAGGCUGAUCAGAUUAUAGGAGAUAUGAAGACACAAUCUGAAACAUGGGCCGUCGAAAAAACUGAUCUUCUUUGCAUGAUUGAAGAGAUGAAUCAAAGAAUAAGCGAUGCUAUUAAGAUAGAAGCAGAACUCCGUGGAAAAUUGAAAGAUAUUGAAAUUGAGAGAGAUGGGUUGAUCAAGGAAAAGGAGAUUGCAUGGAAGGAGAUUGAACAAGGUAAACAAGUUAGAGAAGAAUUAAAUGCCACGAUUGAUCAACUGAACAGUCAAUUGACAAUUACAGUAGAAGAAAAGAAAGCUCUCAGCUUAGAACAUGUGAUGACCUUAAGUAAGCUUCAAGAAGCAAAUAAAAUCAUAGAAGAUUUUAAAGUUGACGCAGAUAGUUGGGACGUGGAAAAAUCUAAGCUGUUACUUCAAGUUGAAGGGUUGAAUCAGAGACUGAGUUAUGCUUCUAAGUUAGAAACAGAACUUAAUGAAAGAUUGAACAUUGUGGAAAUUGAGAAAGUCAACUUGAUAAAAGAAAGGGAAAUUGCUUGGAAGAGGAUUGAAGAGGGAGAGAAGAUUAUAAAGGAUUUAAGUGAGAUUGGUGAUCAGCUAAAAGAGGAAAAGAUUACCAUUUCCCAAGAAUUGGAAACACUUCGAGGAGAAGGUUCUUUCUUGAAGCAGCAAAUUCAGUCUACUGAACAGCAGGCUGCAAAAUUAAUGCAUUCUCUAGAAACAUCUGAGGGAGAAAAUAGAUUAUUGAACUUGAAAAUUGUAGAGAUCUCGAGUGAGAUUCAAUUGGCUCAACAGAAAAACCAAGAACUUGUGUCUCAGUUGCAACUGUUGAAGGAAGAUUUGGGCGUGAGGGAAACAGAACGUUCUACUCUUGUUGAGAAGCACGAGGCACAUGUGAAUGAAUCAUUAACUCGCGUAAAUAUGCUAGAAGCUCAAGUUACACGGUUGGAAACAGAACUGGAGUUAUUGCAAUCACGUGAGAAAGAUUUGUCUCAAGAAUUGGAGAUAAAAACAGCUGAAGCAAAACAAUUGGGAGAGGAAAAUAUUGGAUUACAAGCCCAAGUUUCAGAGAUUGAAAUAUUAUUUAGGGAGAGAGAAAAUGAACUUUCAAUUCUUAGAAAGAAACUUGAAGACAGCGAGAAUCGAUCAUCAUCUAACACAGCAAAUUUGACUCUGGAGAUCAACCGCUUACUAGAAGAGAUUAAUUCUUUACAUUCUCAAAAAGGUGAACUAGAAGAGCGGAUGAUAUGCAGUAAUGAAGAAGCUUCAUUGCAAGUCAAGGGCCUGGCAGAUCAGGUGGAUACAUUGCAGCAACAGUUGGAAGUCCAACAGAGCCAAAAAAUUGAAUUGGAGUUGCAACUUGAGAGGACAACUCAGACGAUUUCAGAAUAUACAAUACAGAUACAAAAGUUUAAGGAGGAAUUAGAAGACAAGAUUUCGGAUGUACAGAGAUUAGUGAAAGAGAAAGAAGAUUUAAUAGUGCGAAUCAAGGAUCUUGAAUCAGCAUUUGACUCCUUAUGCAAUGAAAAGCACGAACUUGAGGAGAAACUUAAAAGUCAGAUGGAUGAGAAUAGUCAACUACGGGAGGAAAAGUUUGAUCUGGAGAAGAAAUUUUUUGAAUUAGAAAGUAACUUGACAGAUAGAGGAGUUGAGCUUGCUACUCUCCAUGAGAGACAAAGAAAUGGAGAAGCUGAAGCCUCAAGCCAAAAACUAAUCUUAGUGGCUCAGGUUGAAACUCUGCAAGAGAAGUUGAAUUCUUUGCAGAAUGAAAAAAGUGAAUUUGAGUUGCGGGUUGAAAAGGAGAAACAAGAAGUCUUGGAUACCUUAACUCAACUGGAAAAGGAGAAAGUUGAGUUAUUGAGUUCAAUUGGUGAUCAUCAAAGAAAUUUGAAGGAACACGAGGAUGCAUAUGAAAAGCUAAAUGAUGAGUAUAAACUGCUUGAAGAUCAGUUUCAAGAAUGUAAGCUAAAGCUUGAUAAUGCAGAAGUGAAGAUGGCAGUAAUGGCCCAAGAAUUUCAUAAUGACAUCAGAUCAAAGGACCUAGUGAAAGAUGACCUGGAGCUAAUGGCUGAGGAUCUGAAAAGAGACCUGGAAGUAAAAAAUGAUGAGAUAAAUAGCCUGGUUGAAAAUGUUCGCACAAUUGAGGUCAAGCUCCGGUUAUCAAACCAAAAGCUUCGUGUUACAGAACAAUUAUUAACUGAAAAGGAAGAGAUAUUUCGAAAAGCUGAAUUGAAGUAUCUAGAGCAACAGAGACUGCUUGAAGAACAAAUUCAUGGACUUUCUGCAACGAUUGUUGCCAACAAUGAAGCGCACCAAAGGGCGAUAUCUACUGUUUCAGAAAACAUUAACAGUAACCUCUCCCAACUGGAAUGUGUCAUCAGGAAGUUCAUAUCGGACUAUGCAAAGUAUGAGAAGUGUGUCAUUGAGACAUCCCACGAUCUACAGCUUGCAAAGAGUUGGGUCUCAAAAGCUAUUCAAGAAACAGAAGGCCUAAAAAAAGAGGUGGCAAACCUUGGCAAACAACUUCAAGAUAAGAAAGAAAGAGAAUCAAUACUUGUAGAACAAGUUGAGAAAUUGGAGACUAAGGUCAACAAGGAAGGAUCUGAGAAGGAUGGAUUGGUUCAAGCAAUCCACCAACUUGAAAAGAGACAGAGAGAACUAGAGAAGAUGAUGGAAGAGAAGAAUGAAGGUAUGCUGGGCCUGAAAGAGGAGAAAAAAGAAGCGAUAAGGCAACUUUGCAUGUUGAUCGAGUAUCACCGUAACCGCUAUGAUUUUCUCAAAGAUGAGGUCUUAAAGCUGAAUGUUAAAGGAGGCCAGAGUGUAAGAUAGUAUGUAAACAAACAUAAUGGAGAUUAUUCGAGAAAUAAUAAAAGAUAAAUUGUAGAGAAAUGAGAAAAAAAAAAGGCACCAUGGAUUGUGGCUCCUUGCAUAGGCAUUAUGUUGGUGGAUGUGAAAUUCCAAGAUAACCCUAAUUUUAUUAGGGUAAUUGAGGAUUUAUUUUCUUUUCUAAAUGCAAAUUCUCUAUAUUCAAAAGAGAGAGUUUGACAUUGUAUAGCUAGUCAUAAAAUUGCAUGAAAAAUCCCUAAUUUUGGUUAGGGUGAUGGGGACCUUUAUGUAGAAAGCAAAAUUUGUCAAUGCACUAGAGGAUUUGGUAAUCCUAGAGGAAGACGUAGAUUGGUCGAGAUCAAGACCUAGUCACAUCGAGAGAGUUCAUGGAAGAUCUAAAGAACAUGGGGAGAUGGCUUGAGAAAUUAGAUUAUAUUGAGUAUUCUUUUCUUUUGUACAUUUAUAUUUGUAUUAUAGGAUUUGUUGUAGAUUUUUGUUCCCUUUGAUGUCAAUGGAAACUCCUUUUAAAGGAAUGAUAAAAUCUUAUUCAUUCAUAUAGAUGAAUGGACCUUUGGUUGUUUUU